UAAUAUACCUCACGUCAAAGGAGGAUUGUAAUUUGCCAAAAGGUUAAAAUGGACAUUUCUCUAAUUUUUAAGUGACCAAAGAUAACUUUUGACCCUAAAAAGUCACAUAUGUUCCUCAGUUCCUGUCAUCUUGCUGCCCUUUUCCUCAGUCGUCGCUCAACCUUCUGCUCAUUCCCUCCGCCUCCGUCGACGGCGGCGCUGAAGAUCAUCAGGCGAGCGGCGUGUGGAUUUGUCAGCCAUAAAAUCGCACUUUUGAAGCUUCCCUAACUCCCCAUCGAAGAUAGGAAUGGAUGAAGAGUGUGUUGCGGAGAACGUGACUCGGAAGAUAGAGAAGAGGGCUAAGAAAAAGUCUAAUAAAUGCAAAAGAAGUGAAGAGAAUACGAUAGGUAUGCAGGAGGGUCGGGGUAUUGUUACGGUGAAGGCGAUUGAGCAUGUUCAAAUAUCUGAGAAAGAAGAUGUAACUGAAAUGGAGAGAGUUCGCAAAAGGGACAAAGAAAAGAAGAAAAAUAAGGAGAUUGAGAUUAAGAAGGGUGCAGGAGAAAGUGAACAAACGGCUGCAUAUGGUGAGGAGAGUAGCGGAGAUGCAGUAGAUAAUGCUGUAAAGAAAAGAAAGAAAAGGGAGAAGGACAAGAAUCGGAAUGGCAUGUUUGAGACGGGCAUUAAUAAAGAAGUUGAGGGGAAGGAGAGUAAAAGAUGGUCGGAGGGAGAAAGUGUUUCUGGAACGACGUGCAGCAAAGAGAGGAAAACGAAGAAACCGAAAAGAAACCACGACAAUGGAGAUUCCGAGAAGGAGAAAGAAGAUGGAAACGAGGUUGGGACCCGUAAACAAAACAGCAAAAUUCCCGUUGAAAGGAAGAAACGCAAAAAAGAGAAGAUAGUGAGUGAGGAUGAUAAUUGUUGGCAAGAAUCUUCUGAUAAAGCUAAGCAUGUUGAGGGUGAUUUAUCUUCGAUGCAAAAGGAAAAUGUUCCAGGUAAUGUUGAGUCCGUUAGCUAUGUCGGUAAUGCCACGAAGGAACUCAAAAGAAAGAAGAAGAAGAAGAAGAAGAGCAAAGAGAGAGAAAGUUUUAACGCUGAUUCUGUAGAUAAACAUACCAUUAAUGACGAUACACAAAUCGAUGGAGUAGAAUACGGCAACAAAAGGAAGAAGAAGAAAAAGGCUGAAUUAGUUGAAAACAGUUCCGAUGACGCACGAGAUACUCAAGUUGAGUAUGCAAGCAAAGGGAAAAAGAGAAAGACAAAAACAGUGGAAAAUGAUUCAGACGAUCGUAUAUCUGAUACAAAUGAUGAAAAUCGGAAUGUCAAGCAAGAUGAUCUAGUAAGAGGUAAGAGAUUCACUCUCGACGAAGACAACAUCGUGAAAGAGUCUGUUUAUAAGUAUAUCCACGAACGCCAAUUAGGCGAUGAAGGUCUGAACAUGGUUUUGAACUGUAAGAAGCACCCUGAGAUAAAAGGCUGCUGGAGAGAAAUAGCGUCCGCUAUACCGUACAGACCGUAUCUCUCCAUCUAUUUCCGCGCGCAAGUUCUACUGCGGAGGUCCGUGUUUCGAAAAUGGACCCCGGAAGAGUACGAAAAGAUUCUCAACUACCACGAGAAUCACGACAAUGAGUGGAAGGCGUUGGCCGACGAAUUGGGGGAGCAUCAGAAACACGUGAGGAACACUUGGUGCAGAAUCAAAAUGCGCGACAUGAACAGAGGGCGUUGGUCGCAAGAAGAGUACCAGAAAUUGUUCGAUCUGGUCAACGUUGACUUACGGUCGAAGGUCUCUCAAGUGAAGAGAUCGCAGCACGGAAUGUUCCGUGAUAAUAUUAGCUGGACGAUGAUUAGCGAGCAGCUGUCGACUCGGCCUCAAGCGAGGUGCUGCUCGAAGUGGUACUCGCAGUUGACUUCGCGUAUGGUGGCUGAAGGUGUGUGGGCUGAUUCUGAUGACUAUCGGUUAAUCGAUGCGCUCUAUAGCUUGGAUGCGACUUGCGUGGAAGAUGUGGAUUGGGAUAGUCUCGUCGAGGAGAGAAGUGGGAUUUUUUGUAGAAAACGGUGGAGUCAAAUGGUUAUGCAUAUAGGUCAGAAUACGCGUAAAUCGUUUUCGGAGCAAGUUGAAAUAUUGGCGCGGAGAUAUUGCCCGAGUCUUCUCGAGGCAAGAGAGGCGUGGGAUAGCAAACCGUAUGUUGAUUAGAGAAUCGACAAAAAUAUUUUAAAUUUUUGCUUUUCGAACAUGUUUCUAACUUUUUAAAAAUUGCAAAAUGACCUAUAAGGUGUCCGAGAUGCGGAAACGUGAAGUUUUCGUGCUACAUAGCUCUGUAAACAAAAGAAUGGCGGAGUAUGGGCAAAUUUAAAUUAUUUUCAUUACAA